CCAAGCAAUCCACAGUCAUGGCGUCUUUCUAAAAAAACCUCAACAACUACACUCACAGCUGCAAAGCAACAAAUUGAUGUAAUGGCCAGUCCUUCUCUUCUCGAUUCUCUCUUCCAACGAUCUUUAGAAGACUUAAUCAAAGGUCUCCGUCUCUUCGUCGGCGAUGAAUCAUCCUUCAUCUCCAAAGCCGUCGACGAGAUCCGCCGUGAAAUCAAGUCCACCGAUCAACAGACCAAAGCCACUGCUCUUCAGAAACUCACUUACUUGCAUUCCAUCCAUGGCGUCGACAUGUCUUGGGCUGCUUUUCAUGCUAUAGAACUCUCUUCCUCACAGUCUUUCAAUUUCAAACGCAUUGCUUAUCUCGCCGCUUCGCUUUCAUUCGAUCCUUCAACUACUGACGUCAUCCUCCUGCUGACUCAUCAGCUUCGUAAGGACCUUCAAUCUCCUAAUUCGCACGAAGUAAGCCUCGCUCUUCAUGCUUUGUAUUUCAUUUCUACACCUGAUUUAGCCCGAGAUUUAACUCCCGAGGUAUUUACUUUACUUAAUAGUAACAAGGGUUCUACUAGGAAGAAAGCAAUUGCUAUUAUUUUGAGACUGUUUGAGUUAUAUCCAGAUGCGGUUAGGGUUUGUUUUAAGAGAUUAGUGGAAAAUCUGGAGAAUUCUGAUCCGGCAAUUGUAUCUGCUGUUGUGGGUGUUUUUUGUGAGCUUGCUUGUAAAGAACCUAAAUCUUAUCUCCCUUUAGCGCCUGAGUUUUAUAAGAUAUUGGCGGAUUCUAGGAAUAAUUGGCUAUUGAUUAAAGUUUUAAAGAUUUUUGUGAAGUUGGCUCCAUUGGAGCCGAGGUUGGGGAAAAAGCUGGUGGAGCCAAUUUGUGACCAUUUGAAGAAAACGGGUGCGAAGUCAUUGGCUUUUGAGUGUGUGAGGACUAUUGUUAGUAGUUUCAGUGAGUAUGAUUCUGCUGUGAGGCUUGCUGUUGAGAAGAUUAAGGAGUUCUUGAAUGAAGAUGAUCCAAAUCUCAAGUAUCUUGGUUUGCAAGCACUUACCAUUGUUGCACCAAAGCAUUUGUGGGCAGUCAUGGAGAAUAAGGAUUUUGUGAUUAAAUCGUUAAGUGAUGCGGAUGCAAAUAUUAAACUUGAGGCCUUGCAACUUGUUUUAUCCAUGGUUUAUGAGGAUAAUGUGGUGGAUAUUUGCAAGGUUUUGAUUAAUUAUGCUCUUAAGUCAGACCCAGAGUUCUGUAAUGAGAUUCUGGGAUGCAUCUUGUUGACAUGUUCAAGAAAUGUGUAUGAGAUAAUUGUGGAUUUUGAUUGGUAUGUAUCACUUCUUGGGGAAAUGUCGAGAAUUCCGCACUGUCAGAAGGGGGAGGAAAUAGAGAAUCAGCUUGUGGAUAUAGGUAUGAGAGUCAAAGAUGCAAGACCAGAACUUGUUCGAGUUGGCCGUGAUUUGCUUAUUGAUCCUGCAUUGCUUGGCAAUCCUUUCGUACACAGGAUUUUAUCAGCAGCUGCUUGGGUGUCAGGGGAGUAUGUUCGAUUUUCAAAAAAUCCAUCAGAAAUUGUGGAAGCACUGCUGCAACCAAGAACCAGUUUAUUGCCAUCAUCAAUAAAAGCUGUAUAUAUCCAGUCUGCAUUCAAAGUACUUACCUUUUAUCUGCAUUACUCUAUUUCUACCAAGGGAGUUAUUUCUUCAGCUUCUCAAGGAGUGGCAGAUCUGAUGCAUGGAAGAGUACAGGAGAAUUCUCAGUUUGUAAGAACUGGACCAGUUGCUGAUAGUGACACAGAUGAUGGGGGGUUGAAUCCCAGGAUGUUACAUCGAUCUGUUAGGGAUGUUUCAGUAGAGAGUUUUGAGGAUAUGUCUGUUGCUCAUGAGUGGUUGUCCUCGACUUCCUCAAAGGCAGAGCCAAUCACUGAAGAGUCUAUACUUAACAUAUUAGAUCUCGUAGAAAUAACGUUGGGGCCACUAGCAGGAAGCCAUGAGGUGGAGAUACUGGAGAGGUCAAGAAAUGUCCUUGGUUUGGUUGAACUGAUAAGAGAAGAAUUACCUGGUUUCUUGGUGAAAAGGGAAGAAGACAAUGACAAGGGACAAAAGAAGACUCAUGAAAUGAUCAAACUAAUUGCUGAAGCUUUUUCAGAAGAGCUUGGUCCAGUUUCAGCAAGUUCUCAGGAAAGGGUGCCUAUUCCUGAAGGAAUGGUGCUUAAUCAAAGUCUGGAUGAUCUGGAUGCGAUAUGUGGGGACCUUGGGUUGCAUAUACCCACUUCUUUCUCCCUUGGAAAAUCAAUUUCCUCCGAGAAGGAUGACGUUACCAUGUCGGAUUGGCAAAGUAAGGAAGAAUUUGAAUCAACUGAAUCGACGUCUCUUCUUGCUGAGCAUCGCAAACGUCACGGGCUAUAUUAUUUACAGUCACAGAAAAAGGAGAUGGUAUAUGAUGAUUACCCACCUGCUAAUGACCUUAAGACUGGAGAUAAUGCUGAUGAUGAGGCUGAUGAUCUGAUUAAGCUGACAGAACAAUCUCUCUUCUCUAAGAAAAAGGUAAACCAAGCAAAGCCUAGGCCUGUAGUAGUGAAACUGGAUGAUGGGGAUGGACCUUUUAUCCCUGCCAAAAAGGUAGAGUCAAAAGAUGACCUAAUCUCUGGUGCUGUGAGAGAUGUUCUUUUAGGUGAUGAAGCAACAACAUCAUCAUCACGAACUAGGAAGUCUGACAAGUCAUCAAGUAAGAGAAGACAGAAGGACAAGUUAGAUAUAGACAAGUCUUCUGGACCAAAAGAAGAUUAUAAAAUGAUGGAGAAUUCUGAACAAGACAAUGCAAAUUUGAGAAGAAGCAAACGCCAUUCUCGUGGUAAAGAGAAGAAACAUAGAAGUACUGCAAAAGAUAGAGAUGAACAUGAAGAGGAAGAUAAGCAGAAGGUUAGCCAUCACCACGGCAAGCAUAAAUCCAGACAAAGGGCAGACGGGGCUCUAACAUUAGCAGCACAAUCACCUGUUAUUCCUGAUUUUCUUUUGUAGCAAUGAUAAAAUUUGUUCAAUAUGCCUUAGGUGAGUUCUUCUGUACAUUACACUUUUUUUUUUUACUGUUUUGGUUACUCAUUAUACUUGCAAUUGGUGAAGUGGUUUUUCUCCA